ACAGCUGCAGGAGAGCCAGAAGAAAGAGGCACAUACACAAGCCAAGCUGACGGAAGCGCUGCGUGAGGCCGAGGGUGUGGCCGUUAGUCUGGAGCAGAGCAGGAAGAGAGAGCGCGCUCUGGAGGAGGAGGGGAGGAGGCUGGCAGAGGAGCGAGCCGACGCCCUUCGUCUCCUCAAAGAGCUGCAGGAGGAAAAAGCUGUCCAGGCACCCGUCCACCAACCCGUCCAGUUUUGCCCUGUUGGACAGAGUUUCUCUCCUCACCCCUCUUACUCUCCACAUUCUGAUCCACCAACUCACAUCAAGAGGCCCCGCGCUGCCACCUUAGCCGAGCAGAAGAGGGAGGAGGACCUGGAUUUGGAAAAGAGAAGGGCUGAGAUCGCAGCAUCUUACCCCGCGGACAGAGAGCCGGGCGAAGGCAGAGAUGCAGAACACAUCACUGACCGCCUCUCCCCUGACUCUGAGUCCUUUCACAGGGGGGGGGAACACAGAGGAAACAGUAGUGAGGAGAACAACAGUAGAAAUGAAGUGAUAAAGAGUGACAGCACUGGGACAAACAAGCACUCCACAUUUGAUGAAGCCCUCUCUAGUUCCUCUCCCUCUGUUGCUGGUACGCCCACUAACAUAUCCAUGGAUGUUGAUCAAUGCAGUUUGAACCUUUGUGCUGAAGAAACUCCUUCCUCACUCAAGCCCUCUGAAGAUCUCAAGAGGGAGAAUGCCUCACUGCGGUCAGAGCUACAGGACGCAGAGGAGGAACUGCAGAAACGACUUGAGGACCUGGAAGCUCAAAGACGGGCGGAGACAGAAGCCAGGACCCGGCUGAAACAACUCGGCCGCAAACUUGCCGGCCAGACUGCAGAGAAGGACGAGCAGGAGAAGCAGUGGAGGGCUCAGCUGGAGAGUGAGAAGGAGGAGACUGAGAGGUUGAGGAAGGCCAUGGCUGCUUUGGAGACGGAGGUGACAAGAGGGAGAGAGGAAACGGAAAGGAAGGAGAUCAAGGAACCGGAGGAGGGGAAAAACAAAGCACUAGAAGACCGGGAGAGUGAAAUGAUAGAACUUAAUAUCCAGCUAAAGAAACAGCUCGGGGAGGUUAAAGCCCAGCUGGCUUUAGAACGAGAAGAGAGAGGAAGAGAGGAAGAUGAGAGAAGGCAAAGGACAGAGACAGACCAGGAGCAGCUGGAACAACUUCAAGCUGAGCUGGAGGAACUGAAGCUCAGCAGAGAAGAAGACUCGCUGGGAGAGGACAAACUCUCAGUUGCCAACAGCCCACUGACUUACCUGUCUCUCCGUGACGAUGAGUUCAACUCCAACAUCGAUCGCUGCGACAACAAGCUCCUCCCCUCCCCGGAGCAGCACCUCCUCUUCUGCCAGUCCACCAACCAGCGCAACAUGCUGGCGUCUCAGGCCUCAGGCGGUCUCAUGACCCAGGGGGAUCAAACAGUGAUAGAGUCUGUACACUCACCUCUGUCCAACGAGGGGCACACCGCCUCUGACCGUGAAGACCACCAGCAAAACUAUCUGAGAGGGUCUUCCCCGUCAGACCAAUCCCUUUCUGAUCUGCAGGAGGUUGAGACCACCUCUUCAGAUGUUGCUAAAGAGGUGGAGUGCCUGCAGAAGGAGGCUGCAAAGGAGACAGAACGUGCAAAUCAGUACCAGGUUAAACUGGAGGCGCUGCAGAGCCAGGUGACACGUCAGACAAAGCAGCUCACCAUGGCCUUUGAGAAUCAGAGCCAGCACAUCUCUGGUCUGUUAGCUGAGCUGCAGGAGAAGGACAGCGCCCUCCUCAGCCAGGGAGAGGAACUGCAGCAACACAAGCAAGAGCUGGACGUGCUCAAGACCCACUCUGAGGAGAAGAAAAGAGAAGGGAUGACGGUCAAAGAGGUGGAGCACGGAGAACAAAAAGAGACACAAGUUGUGAGGUUGAUUCAGUCACAUCAGGAAAAUGUGCUCAAGACAAACUCAGCUAAAGACGGUGUCUCUGAGAGAGACGCAGGUCAACUAGAGAGUGUGACUCAGAUUAACCAAGACUCUGCUUGUGUGAUGGGUGAGACUCAAGGUGGAAGAACAGCAGAUGUGAAUGCAGAACAGCUCGCAUUAUUGGCCAAUCAGCAGCUGAGACUAGAAGGAGUGAGUAUCUCAGACUCCAGGGCCCCAGCUGCACACACUGACAGUGAAAACAAACACGACUCAGUUAAACAAAGCCAAGACACAGGAAAUGCUGCUGUGUGCUGCUUGGAGGAACAGAGGUCACCUAGUGUGCCGACUGACAUCAGCUCUGACGCACGCCAGCAGGAUGUUAGCGGGAGGGGAGAUGAAGGUGGAGACUCAGAACGGGAAGAUGGGAGGACUUCAAAGGCUGAAGAGGAGCAGGAGGCAGAGCUUCAGAUCGACCGACUGUAUCAACAGGUGGAGGAGCUACAGAGGAGGCUGCGCUCUCUCUCCGCAGAGACCCAGCAGCAGUCCCAGGAGCUCGUCAUGUGGAGACUUGCCUCCAAACCAGCCCCAACACUCGACCAGACCCUUCCCAACACAGACAACCAGUCUGAGACCCCAGAACAGAUUCCUGCUGUCAGACGGUCCCAGGCAGACCAGCAGCCGGGGGAUGAGAUGACCCCGGGCCCGGCGCCUCCCCUGGGUCUGCAGGAGAGCCCCGAAUAUGUGACAGUCAUCAGAGAAGACGAGUUACUCCUUUCCUGCUCCUCCAACAAGCUGCAGGGCCGCAUGCUGUUCUCCAGACUUCAGCACAGCAACCUGCCCGAACCCAAGAGCCUCCAUCCCUCCAAAAACACUGCAGAGCUUCUUCAAAACAAUCGGGACACUGACACCAUCGACAAGGUUAGUUUCCCUUUAAGGAUGACUCACUGCCAUACCAGUCCACUGCUAAGGUUAAAG